UGCCGGAGUGUGUGCGUGCCCUUUUUUUUCUCCCUCUUUCACUCGCGUCCUCCGCGCGCGGCAUGUCCGCCGCACUUGUACACUUAUACACAUACAUAUAGGUAGAUACGAGGCGCGCGCGAAGGGAAAGAGCGAGCGAUAGAAGGGAGAAGGAGGACCGCGGGUCCCCCGUAAGCGCGUUCGAUAGUUUAAUACAUAUAUAUAUAUACGUAAGUGCACUUCGCGAUACGCGCGGCUAGACGAGAUUGAAAAGAGGGGAGCGGAGGGCGGAAAGAGGAGGAAGAUUUUGUUGGUAUCGGCGACCAACGACAUUGAUAACGACCGUGAGGUGGUUCCGGGCCCGUCAUUCCUUGAUUAUCCGCGCCCUGCGCGUCCGUGAAAUCAUCCGGAGCACGUAUACGACGUAAGAGAAGCGGAACGUCAGUCUCCGCUCUGCAUCUCGCCGGCUGCGCUCGCUUUUAUUAGAUCGUCCCGUGUUUCGCCCGCAGUGUUUCGCCGUCGCGAGAGAGGAGAGUCCAUCAAGUCCCCAAGUCCCCAAACGCAGAUGGAUCAAAUCAUCCCGGACACCAUGACUACCUCUCAACAGUACUGCCUACGAUGGAACAAUCAUCGCUCGAACCUGCUGUCCGUCUUCGAGCAACUGCUGCACGACGAGGCGUUCACCGAUGUCACCAUCGCCGCGGAAAGCGGUAGGACGGUCAAGUGCCAUAAGAUCGUGCUGGCCGCGUGCUCGACGUACUUCCAGAAUUUGUUCCACGGCCUGCAGGACCAGCAUCCGAUAAUAAUUCUCAAGGACGCUGGGUUUCCGGAGAUACAGGCGAUACUGGAGUACAUGUAUCGCGGCGAGGUGAACGUCGCUCAGAAUCAGCUACCCGAUCUGCUCAAGAUCGCGCAGGUGCUGAAGGUGAAGGGCCUGGUGGAGGAGCACGGCAGCCAGAGCAACACGGCGCGCGACCUUCGCCGCGAGGAUACGUCGAUGGAGCCGUCGAUAUCGCCGCCGCCGGCUAUCAGCACGAGCACCGGCGGUGGUAGCGGCGGCAGCCACUCGUCACCGCCGCACUCCACCGGCGGCUACUCCGGCCUUUACGGGAAAUCCGCGGUCUCGCUCGACCGCGUUCAAAGUCAUCCCCUCGCUGGCUCGUUGCCGAUUACGUGGCCGCUUCCGUUGCACUCCGCGGGCGCGGGUCAUCAGCUCCCGACGUCGCUCUCCUCCUCCGUCCUCGUUGGCGGCCCCGGCGCCGGCGGGUACGACAACGGUAUCGAGACCUCGCCGCUCAAACGCCGGAAGCCGAUGCAGCCGUCGUCAGCCCUGCUGAUGAACCACGACACGCCGAUCUUGCGCACGGUCCUCGGCCAGGCUCACGUUGACAGUUCGCAGACGAUGCCGCUGCUGCAGCCGGACAGCCACGAGUCGGUGCACUAUCGCAACGCGAGCAGCAACGGGUCCGCGAACGACAGCGACAAUCGCCGCAGCAACGACCUGUCCCACGGCGAGGCCGUCCACGCCGACGUUUCCUACAUGGACGAGGAUGAGAGACAACCGUCCCCGCAGUCGUACGGCGGGGAUACCGCGAGAAAUACAGCUGCUCCGGACUGCGUGCCGCAAAAACCAGAGUGGAAACGCUAUAAGCAGUACACCCGAGAAGACAUCCUGUCGGCGAUCGAGGCGGUGAAGACGGGGAUGAGCGCCGUCGCGGCGGCGCGAAGAUACGGGGUGCCAUCGCGUACGCUUUACGACAAGGUGAAAAAGCUCGGCAUCCCGACGUCGCGGCCGUUCAGGCGCUCGACGAGCAACGGUGGUAGCACGGCCUGCUUCCCGUACGGCAUCGGUGCCAAUGCGAACGGCGCUCUGUACGACAACAACCGCGGCGGUGUUAAUGCCCUGUCCGAGAACGAGAACGAGAGCGGCAGCAGUAACAUCAACGUCAUCGAGAGUUUGGCCGGCACCAGUGCCGCCGCAGUUUUUGAGACCACCUAUGCGAAGGCAACGAAGGACACGUCGCAGGACCGCGACUCAAUGUCAGACUCGAUGACCCGUUGCAGCGCGAGUCCGGUGAUACGCUGCUCUAAGCAGAAGCAGCAACAGCAGCAACAGCAGGACCUGGAUGAUCAAGUAGAAGAUCUGUCGGUGAGUCGCAAAUCCGACGUUCCGGUGAUAAUACCGCCGUCCACUACAUCGGUCGCGAUUAAAGACGAGGCGCAGGAAGCAGGGCUUGAUAGUAACGACUGCUGCGACUACAGCUAACUUUUGCGGCCCAGAAACGAGAGUAAUAAGAUACGAGUAGUUGAGUUGCUUUUCAAAAUUAAAAAAUUGUCUCACUUUAGAGAUUUUGCCGGUUUUUUCCUCCAUACAUUGAACUUCGUAAAGUUAUGGUAUACGAGAAAGUCAAUUAGGCAUUUCGAAAUAGCCAUUUUUACAUGGUUCUCAUUAAUUUUCUUAAUUUCUGUUUCUCCAACAAACUGCAAUAAAUUUAUUUUUAUGUUGAGCUCCUCAUUACUCGCAUCUUAUCACUCUAUCCGUCGUAUAUAGUUGCAGAAGAAUUUUUCUCUCGUAUUUCUUUACCGAAUGUGUAUUUUCAUCCCAGAUAGAGUCGAAAACAGAUUUUGUAGAGUAUCUGUCACAAAUUCGGUCGGCAGACCAUAUGCGGACAAUAUUGGCGGAAUUUGAAUGUGAUUAGCAGAUCGCGACUGUAGAGAAACCGAGCAGUAUCUACCAUUUCAUUAUCAUAAUCAUUUAAUUAUUAAAUAAAGUUAUUAAUCAUAAUCAUUCAAAUGAUGUAUUUUAUUUUAUGAAUUCAACGAAAUGACACACAGAUUCUGCCCGGUUUCUUCUGGCAGAUUAUUGCCGUCAGAUUCUGUCGGCGCAAGUUCCAUUGCGGCAGAACACGAGAUUAACGCGGACGUAAUUGACAAUCUACUUAUAUUUUACUCGAAUCUGCUGGUAAACAGAUUGCUAGCCUACUGAUAACGCUUUGCUGGGAUGUUUUAUCUUAGUUCUUCGGAUAUGCAUUUUGAUACAGCAGGCGAACGUAAAUGUAUUUAUUCCUGUUUUAGCUUGUUCGCAAAUAAGAUCUAACUAAUCAUAAUGCGCAUGAUCAAUUAAAAAAAAAGUAAAGUACUAAAGUAACGAUAAAGCUGUUAAUUAUUGCAAAUUUAUUGAUUCGUUGUUCGUGAUUCGCGAUUCGCGCAUAGUUUAGUGCUAGCCUAUAAGGUAUAUUCGCCUGAAACUCUUUAAAAUUUACGGUUUAAAGCAAUGGUUUGCACAAAAGAACGUGUCGCCAGCCAAUGUUCACUUUGGAGUUUUCAACACGAACGACGAUGAGAAAGAAAAAUAUGUGAAAAGACAUAAAAUAAGAAAAAAACAGAUUUAAAAAAAUAUCUCGAAACUUCGUUCGAAAAUAUCUGUAAAAUUAUUAGGUAAGAUAAAUACAUCUGUAAUUGGUAUUAUACCGCGCAACAUUUAGGAAUUUCUUUUGUCUUGCGACAUAUUCGUUUGUGCGGCAACACUUGUGUAAUAGCAUUAAAGCUUUAACAAAUUGACAGCGAAAUAAUACGAAGUCCAUGAACGAAAUCUGACGCUAUGUACAAGGUGUCCUCUUCUCUAUUCGCUAUCGCGUGACGAGAUCAGAAUCAUUCAAUAGCGGGAUAUUUUAUUAAUGACAACGUGCCAGCAAUAAAUGCAAGCAAUGGAAAUACUUUCUAUGAUGAUAGAUCUCGGUUUGCCACUUGCAUAUUUGCUGACCUAUCAUUUCAUUCGCGAACCUCGUAUUAUUUCGUAUUAUUUAUCAUUUAAUAAUCAUAGACGUCGGUCGCUGUUAAUUUGUUAGCAAUUGUAAGUACUUCGUUGUAUUUGAUCGUUACUGACCACAGUUCCGGGAUACGAUUGCAAUAUUGCUCAAGCAUAUCAGCAGUAAUGAUAAUAACGAAAUACCUCAUGUAAACUACGUGUUCAUUAAUGUAAGACUGAUAAAAUGCAGAUUUGAUAUCUAUAUACCUAUAUACAAGCCGAUUAUCGAAAUACUCAAACCUAUCGAGGCAAAGUAUCGAGGAAAUUUCAAUUUGCAAUCAAACGAACAGACAGGUUUUCUGUAUUCUAAGAGGCAGAUUAUUUAUAGAUUUAUUACCUACAAUACCGAAAAUGUUGAAGAGUGCAAAAGUUAAAUUUUACCUUUUUACCUUUUUGCCUAGCGGUUUUCGAGAUGCAAGAUAUAAAUAAUUAUUAAUUUGCAAUUGUGUAGCACGUUUCAUUCAAACUCGAAUAUGCUAAAAAAAAACGCGAAUGGAGAACGGACGAACAGCUAGGGUUAAUGCUUGAUAAUUUCUCGUCGAUACUUUGUCUCCCUAAACGCAGACCAAAGCUACUUCCAGCAAUACUACCUCAAUAUAUAUGUAAGUCAUUCCAUAUUUAUCACAAUAGAAUUUUUAUAGCGUGAGAAGAGAUAUUUACAGAAUGUGUAUGAAAUAAUGCAUGAUAAUGCAGUACCUGCCAGCCAUGUGAUCAAAUGCACCACUAUUUUAUAACAUAGAUCCAAAAUGUCGAAGAUCUUCGAAGUUAAAUUGCCACCGUUAAUGUAUUACGUAAGGCAACUUGAAGCUCUAUUAUAUUAUGUUUUAUUUUAUUUAAGAGUGCGUAUAUUACUUUAUAGUCAUUGUUAUCGAUACGCAUUAUUAUUAUUUUUUUUUUUUUAUACCGAUUACAGAGUGCACUAUAAGUACAAUAGUACAAGCAGUAAGUAAAAAUACGUUAUUGUUAAGCUUUAAUAAAUUCUACUUCGAUUGCGUGUGGUAUACCGCGCAUUAAUUAGAUAUUCGUCGAGCGAUACGAAAAUGUAAGCGGUAUAUCCAAAAGUAUACGCAAAUAUAUCUUAUUUCGGUGACUUUUCGCAUAGAAGAGACUUCGUAUAGAUUAACUACGUUAAUCGCAAGCUAUUCCUCUCUCUCUCUUUUAUAUUAUAUGUUUUGACCUCUUUUUCCGUCUCUCUCAUUUAACGUAUGUUACAUGCUCUACCGAAAUAUCUAUCGGUUUGCAGAUCAAACUUGCGACAGCUUGUAUAGACGCGGAAGAUGUAGGCUAAUUAAGGAAAUUUAUACACGUAUCGAUAUUCGUACGUAUGGAUACGACGUACGUUGUUUUUUUUUUUAAAGAGCCGAUUAGUUUUAUCAGAGUAUAUUGCGCAGCGUUGAUGCGAGGAGAGUACAUUUUAUAUAUAAUCGGCGUAUCUAAUUUUAACCCACGUGUGUCUUGCGGAGCGUAUUUCGAAGCACCGACGCGCCUGUAACGCGCAUCCCUUAAAACAUGGUAACACGCAUUGUGAGGGUUCUUUUCCACUACGUGCCUUCAAUCGUUGAUUAAUUAUUACGACGUGAGCGCGACGCGUUAACUAUUAGCGUUGAACGAUAACGAGCGAAACAGGACCGACAUGAAUCUUACAAUUAAUUAAAAUGCCACUUUCGGUCUUGGUAGCCUAA